AUUCUCUGCAGUUAAUGGGACCUAGCCCACAUCCCAGCUAAAGAACAGGAGCAAAGAAGUUUUUUUUUUAACCAGCUGUGUACCUCCAGCCAGCAGGCUCUCUCUCUCUCCCUCUCUCUCUCUCUGUCUGUCUCUCUCUCUCCCCCCAUCGCACACCUGUACCCUUUCCCCAGGCUGCGGGAUAACACCACCACAACUUCUCCGGCUCAUACUGGGACGGACCUGAAGCAAUAGAAAAGGUUGAUACUGUGCUACUUGUGCAACCAUGCGUGUGUUCAUCUCGCUGGCAUUCCUGAUAGCAGCCUCCUGGGCUAAGCCAUUUCGUCAGGCACAGUUCCUUGACUUUAUGAUGGAGGAUGAAGGAUCUGGUUUAUUCCCCGAUAAUGAAAUGCCCGUGUGCCCCUUUGGGUGCCAGUGCCACCUCCGAGUGGUGCAGUGUUCUGACUUAGGUCUAACCACAGUGCCCAAGGACAUUCCCAAAGAUACUACACUGCUUGAUCUGCAGAACAACAAGAUCACAGAGAUAAAAGAAAAUGACUUCAAGAAUCUAAGAAACCUUAAUGCCUUGAUCCUGGUGAACAACAAAAUCGGUACAGUGCAUCCCAAGGCCUUCGCACCCCUGGUGAAGUUGCAGAGACUUUACUUGUCCAAGAACCUGCUGAAAGAAAUCCCAGCUAACAUACCUUCAUCACUGCAUGAACUUCGCAUCCAUGAGAAUGAAAUCACCAAAGUGAAGAAGAAUGCAUUUGACAAUCUGUCACAGGUGUACGCCCUAGAAAUGGGCAGCAACCCUUUGAAAAAUUCAGGUAUUGACAGCGGUGCCUUUAAUGGAUUGAAAAAGCUUUCUUUCAUUCGACUGUCAGAUGCCUCACUCACAGACAUUCCUAAAGGUCUCCCAGUAUCGUUGGCUGAAAUUCAUCUCGAUGGCAACAAAAUCAGUCGGGUCAAAGCUGAUUCGCUGAAGGGUCUGAAGAAUCUGGUCAGACUGGGCUUGAGUUUCAAUGAGAUUAACAGUGUGGAUAAUGGCUCAUUGGACAACACACCGUACCUGAGGGAACUUCACAUGGACAACAACUCACUCCGAAAAGUGCCGGCCGGCUUGGCUGACCAUCGGUUCAUCCAGGUGGUUUAUCUCCAUAACAACUUGAUCGCGGCAGUGGGUGUGAAUGACUUCUGCGGGCUUGAUUACUACGCCAAGAAGAACCUGUACUCGGGGAUUAGUCUCUUCAAUAACCCCGUCCCAUACUGGGAGAUCCAGCCAGUCACUUUCCGCUGUGCCACAAACCGUGCAGCCAUUCAGCUCGGCAACUUUAAGUAAAACCUUUCCCAGUCGGUGAGGAGGAGAAUUCGCAUGCAGUGCUGAGUACCCCUCAUACAGUUUAAAGCAAUAAAAAAAUUAAUAAAACCAAACAUUCCCAAGAGCUGCUCGGAGUUGCAAGCGUACAGCUGACCAAACAGAAAAGGUGCUACUAAAAUACCUUCAUUAUCUUCCUGACCUAAAUAUAGAAACGAGCAUACCUGCAAGCUUUCAUUUCCCAUCUGUACACUUAUUCCCUAACGCCGAGAGGCGCUAGUACGUUCCAUGAUCCAAAUGAAACCUCCCAUCAGCCAGUAAUUUAUUAUCCAUCGCUUACCAUGACCUGUCGGGCCCACCCUGUGGCUAAUCAUUCCUUGUCCACCCUCCGAGGGAGGUGUAUUGCUUUCUAAGUGACAACCCUCUGCCAAAUUAUUUUAACAAUUCCUCAGAAAUGCUUCUUGCCUGGUUCCUGGUGAAAGCCUUUGUGUGUUGGGUGGGGUGGGGGAGGCAAGGGGAAGAGGCAGUCUGAUUGAUUGAAGUGUGUGGCUCUCCCAUUCUUUGCAAACUGUAUGUAUCAUAAGCAGCAUGUUGGUGCUCAUCUGGUUAAAGUGAGAACUAUACAAAAAUAUAUCAUCAGCUCCA